AUGAAUAUCUGGUUACAAAUAAUUAUUGGCUAUAGUAGAGGCGGCGACUUUAACUAUGCAGGAGGAGGCGGCUUCAACUAUGCAGGAGGCGGCGACUUCAACUAUGCAGGAGGAGGCGGCUUCAAAUAUGCAGGAGGAAGCGGCUUGAACUGUGCAGGAGACGGUGAUUUCAACUAUGCAGGAGGAUGCGGCUUCAACUGUGCAGGAGACGGUGAUUUCAACUAUGCAGGAGGAUGCUGCUUCAACUAUGCAGGAGGAGGCGGCUUCAACUAUGCAGGAGGCGGCGACUUCAACUAUGCAGGAGGAGGCGGCUUGAACUGUGCAGGAGACGGUGAUUUCAACUAUGCAGGAGGAUGCGGCUUCAACUAUGCAGGAGGAGGCGGCGACUUCAACUAUGCUGGAGGAAGCGGCUUGAACUAUGCAGGAGGAAGCGGCUUGAACUGUGCAGGAGACGGUGAUUUCAACUAUGCAGGAGGAUGCGGCUUGAACUGUGCAGGAGACGGUGAUUUCAACUAUGCAGGAGACGGUGAUUUCUAUAGAGGAGACGGGAACUUCAGCGAUGGAGGAUGCGGCGACUUUAAUAUUGAAGGAAACGGCGGCUUUAAAUAUAGAGGAUACUGCAACUUCAACAAAAGAGGAGACGCGAGCUUAAGUAUUUAA